CAAGAAAGAGGGGAGAGAACCGACUCGGAAGCUGUGUCUAGAACAAUUCCCAAUUCUACCAACAAUUAUCCCAUCGUGAUUCUACGACUUUUACAAUCCUUCAACUUAUCUUACAAAAAUGCCACCACCACCACCCACCACAAUCCACGACCCAAACCUCCCCGCUCUCUUCCACCCCACCCUCAUCCUCCACGGCGGCGCCGGCGCCAUCCACCGCGCCACCCUCCCCCCGGACCUCUACGCGCAGUACCACGCCUCCCUUCUCACCUACCUCCGCUCGACGCGCGCCCUGUUAGCGAGCGGCGCCUCAGCACUCGACGCAGCCGUCCACGCCGUCGCCCUGAUGGAGGACGACCCGCUCUUCAACUGCGGCCGCGGCAGCGUCUUCACGGCCGCGGGCACCAUCGAGAUGGAAGCCUCGCUGAUGGUCACGUCCGUUGUUGAUGGGGAUUCGUUCCCGGGGGUGGUCAAGCGCGGCGCGGGCGUGAUGCGGUUGCGGAACGUCCAGCAUCCGAUUCGGUUGGCGAGGGAGGUUCUGCUUCGGGAUGGGCUUGAUGACCAGGGCCAGGGCCAGGGCCAAAGUGGAGGUGGAGGUGGCGGCAGCAUGCACUCGCAGCUCGUCGCGCCGUAUGUCGAGGACGUGCUUGCUCGACGCUGGGGUCUCGAGUUCAUGCCUGAUGAGUGGUUCUUCACUCAGCGCCGCUGGGAUGAACAUCUGCGGGGCUUGAAGGGCCUUCCUGAGGAGGUUAGCUUGAGUCAGGGGACUGUUGGGUGUGUUUGUCUUGAUCGCUGGGGUGGUUUGGCUGUUGCGACUAGUACCGGUGGUUUGACUAAUAAGUUGCCUGGUCGCGUGGGCGAUACGCCGACGCUUGGGGCGGGGUUUUGGGCGGAGGGGUGGGAGGGGAUGAGGGUUGGGGUCGAGGGUGGGAUUGGGAUGGGUCUUGCGAGGAAGGGGAUUGAGGAGAGGGAGGGUGGGCUGUCAAAAAAGGAGAUCUGGGAUAUGAGUUUGGGGGAUUGUGUGCCUGGGUUUGUGAGGCAGGGCAUGGAUCGCGUGUUCGGUGCGGUGUUGGGGACGGGGACGGAGGCUUGGCUCGAUAGGCGGGCAUCGGAGAAGGAAGCGCUGAUUGUUCGGCAGCCUACGACGGUGGUGCAGAGGCACAAAACCAGGCGUGCCGUUGCGGUGUCCGGCACCGGCAACGGCGACUCGUUCCUUCGCACUGCGGCAGCUCGCACCGCUUGCGCCAUCGCGCGCUUCUCCACGCCGAGUCCCUCGUUGGCGCAGGCGGUGGCUGCCGUUGCUGGGCCCGGGGGGGAGUUGCAGCGUUCGGCUGGGGAGAGAUGGGGCACGUCCGGUGAGGGUCAAGGUGGCAUUAUUGGUAUCGAGGCUGAGUUGGAGGACGCCGUGCCGGAUGAUGACGGCAUGGCGACGCUCAGGCGGGGCAAGGUGGUGUUUGAUUUCAACUGUGGGGGCAUGUGGAGGGCUUGGGUUGAGGAUUUAGGCGAUGGGAAGGAGGUCGAGAGGGUGAUGGUGUUUAGAGAUGAAUAUAGAUAGAGGGUGACGCUAGUGGUGGUGCUGGUGCUGAUGUUGGUAUACUCGGCCACUAUCAUCAUCACUCGGUCAUGUCGGAGCAGCAAAUAGCAUUUGCGCCUACCAUGGAACGGCCCUUGUUGUUAGACUCGAAGGAGAAAAGCAUAGGCAUUCAUAUAGCCUAUUGAGUAGGUUAUGUCGGUUUAAAUCAG